CCUCGGUCAGGGUCUAGCGUGCUCUUGGCUCUUGGCACUUAACGUUACUUCGUACUGUAACGUACUUCAGGAACAAGGCCACCUUCAACCCAUCUAUCACUGGCCAGCAAACGACGUUUUUCAACUCAUAACAAACCCAGAAAAUGGCCGACAAGCUUCGCAACCAGCAAGAACUUGAGCGGCUGCAGGCCAAGUACAUCGGCACCGGCCAUCCCGAUACUACGAGCUGGGAGUGGAAGACAAACAUCCACCGCGACACGCAGUCAAGCAUCGUGGGGCAUCCUCCCUUGCUGUCGUAUAUCGCGCUGGCACAAAACGAGCCGAUAGCCAAAGUGCGCACUGAGAUGAUUCGAAAAAUGAUUCAGCCGAUGGGGCCACCGCCGCCUCGGGAAGGCGACGAGAUAUUCCCGACUGGAAGGCAGGAUGAAAUAUGACCUUAGUCAAGGUACGGGGGAAAGCAAGUCCAUGGUUUAAAAAUCAGGGCAUCAGAGCGGACAGGGACAAGCCAAGGUUGGGAUUGUGAGCGGGAAGGGGAACCGGGCCGCGGCCACGGUCCCGAAAACCCCGUGGGACAUAUGGCCCCAAGGCCAGGUUCACUCGAUCUGUCGAGUCCAUCGACUCCGCUACACACUUGGCUGCUCCAUUCAAUAGCGCCGAGAGGGAAGGAACGAGGAUUGUCAGCCUCAACGAGAAGCGACGCGUGGAGCGUUUGGAUGACCCUAUCUGUAGUCAUAGCACAGAAAGGAAUAUAACGUGGUCCAUAAGGGCCAUACCGCCCCUGUCACAGGCGGGUAAAUCUACUCAUCAUCGUCUUCGUCUUCC